AUGGUAGAACAAAAAACAUUUUUGAUGGCAGUUCCUCAGAGAGAUGCUGCAACUCUUCUUCAAGUGAUAAAGAUGUAUGUAAACCACAAUAGAGUUAUUCAUACAGAUUGCUGGACUUCAUAUGGGAGAUUGUUAUCAGUGUUUGAUAUGAACUAUACUCAUAGAACAGUCAAUCACAAUGUUGAGUAUAUUAUAUUUGAUGGUCUGUGGAAUGCCAUAAAUAUGAGCUGCAAGACCAGAUUGAGAACAAGACACAUGAUGCCAUGGAUGUUAAUAGAAUUUAUAUGGAAAAAAUAUGAGAACAGAUUGUGGCAAGAAAUACUAAAGAUGUUAGCUGAGAUUUCCUUUGGAAGUAAUGUUAAAAACCCAAUAUUUAUAACUUAUGAAUAUUUAGAAGAUGAUAAAAAUGAAGAAUAUACUGACUUUACAAUGUUUUAA